AUCUCUUUUCUUUUCUCUUAUUUUCUUUCCGCUUCAAGAAUGGAUAACAAUCAACUGAAACAUCAGGCUGUCCAAAUGAAACAGUCCCUCUUUGAGCAGGGGUACCUCGAUGAGAUGUUUAAUGAGAUAGAGGAGAUUCACUGUGAUGAUCCCAAGUUUCAUGAGAAAAUUGUUAACAUGUUCUUCAAUGAUUCUGCGCAAUUGAUCACCAACAUUCAGCAAGCACUGGAGCAGAGUCCCAUCGAUUUCAGUAAACUGGAAAAGGAUUUGAACAAGAUCAAGGAAAUUACUUUAAGCACUGGAGCUAAAAAGGUGAGAGAUAUGAGCGAUCAGGCCAUAGAAUGCUGCUUGGAACAAAAUGUAGAGGGAUGCAAGGAUGCUUUUGAACAAUUGAAGACUGAACAUGCAACUUUGAAAGAGAAGCUCCAGUCUUACUUUCAUCUUGCAAGACAAGCUAAAGCUGCUGAUGGGGCAUCUGGCUCCAAUUAAUUAGAAGGAAUAACGAAUGACAAGGAUGAUGACUGGGACAAGAUGCUGAUGUGGCAAAAGGUCAUCUUCAUGAAUGUGGACUUCAUCAUUUACCAAGUCCAUCGAUCUCCACCCAAAUAUCAAAGUUAUAGUAGAUAUUAAUUACUCUUAGGUUCUUAAUUACAGUAUGAGUUAUAUUAAUAAUUCCACUACUUGGAUUUGGUUUCAGAAAUAGUUUAGACCUUUGUGGCAAUAGGCUCUAAUAAUGCGUGUUUGAAAGCAUUAGCUAUUAAUUAUAUUC